AUGACGGUUCCCAACGCUAUAACGCUGGCUCGGAUCGCGGCUGUGCCGCUGCUCGGCUGGCUGAUGGUGACCGGCCAGUGGAUGCCUGCAUUCUGGCUGUUCGCCGCCGCCGGCCUUUCCGAUGCGGUCGACGGCAUCAUCGCGCGCUGGUUCAACCAGGGCUCGGUGCUCGGCGCCUGGCUCGAUCCGGUCGCCGACAAGGCAUUGCUGGUCACCGCCUUCGUGCUUCUCGCCGCAGCCGGACUGGUCCCGUUCUGGCUCGUCGCUCUGGCCGUUUUGCGCGAUGUUCUGAUCCUUGCCGGCGUCGGGAUCGCGCAAUGGCGCGGCAAGCCGCUGACCAUCCGCCCGAUGUUUGUCUCCAAGGCGACCACGGCCGCACAGAUCGCGCUGAUCACGCUCGUGCUGGGCGCCAAUGCCUUUUCCAUUGCGGCGAGCCCGGCAAUCGCGGCGGUCGUCUGGGCCACCGCUGCCUUGACCUUGGCCUCAUUUGCCACCUAUGGCGUGGUGUUCGCGUUUUUCUGGGUCGGUGCGCUCGUCGUGAUGAUCGCGUUCCUGUACGUGUUCCGCUCCAUCCUUUUGCCGUUCCUGGCCGGCCUUGCGCUGGCCUACUUCCUCGAUCCGGUCGCUGACUUCUUCGAGCGCCGCGGCUUGUCGCGGCUGGCCGCGACAUCGCUGAUCCUGGCGCUGUUCGUGCUGGUGUUCGCGCUGGCCUUGCUGGUGAUCGUUCCGGUUCUGGCCAGCCAGCUGGUCGAGUUCAUCGACCGCCUGCCGUCCUACCUCGCCCGCAUCCGCGAACUUGCCGCCGCGUUGCCGAUCGACGCGGGUUGGCUCAACGGUCUUCUCGAUCUUGAAUCGGGCCAGCUGCCCGCCGGAGUCGACCAGCUUCUGGCGCAGAGCGCCAGCUUCCUGUCCGGCAUCGCGCAGGGCAUCUGGUCGUCCGGCAUGGCGCUUUUGAACAUUGUCGGCCUGUUCGUGGUGACCCCUGUUGUCGCCUUCUACAUGCUGCUCGACUGGGACCGGAUGAUCGCGCGCAUCGAUGCCUGCAUCCCGCGCGACCAUCUGGAGACGGUGCGCGCGAUCAGCCGCGAUGUCGAUGGGGCGAUUGCCGGUUUCAUUCGCGGGCAGGGAACCGUCUGCCUGAUCCUCGGCCUGUUCUAUGCGAUCGCCCUGACCAUCGCCGGCCUCAAUUUUGGCCUGCUGAUCGGCCUUUUCGCCGGCCUGAUCAGUUUCAUUCCCUAUGUCGGCUCUCUGGUGGGGCUUGUGCUUUCGAUCGGCGUUGCGCUGGUGCAGUUCUGGCCGGACUGGAUCAUGAUCCUGGUCAUCGCGGCCAUCUUCUUUGGCGGGCAGGCCGUCGAAGGCAACAUUCUGCAGCCCAAGCUGGUCGGCGACAGCGUCGGCCUGCACCCGGUCUGGCUGAUGUUCGCCCUUUUCGCCUUCGGCUCGUUUUUGGGCUUUACCGGCAUGCUGAUCGCCGUUCCGGCCGCCGCCGCAGUCGGCGUUCUGGUGCGCUUUGCCGUCGGCCGAUAUCUGGAUUCCGACCUGUAUGCGGGGUCAUCCGAAGAUCAGGGCCGAUAG